AUGCUCACGGCUGCGAUUUCGGCUGAUAUGCACUCUUUACAUCAUCAAAGUUCUGGUCCUCGUCCCGUCCAAAGCAACCUGCUGAUCGAUGGAUUCAUCGCAUAUACUUUUCGACCUCCCUCUGCGGAGCUCUACCUGUCGCGCUUGCUGUCUGGUGUUGCACCCGAUAGGUUGGACCCUAUCUUCAACCAACGCUCUGUACUUGUUCCCCGCACAUGCCUAUACCGCGACUUUCAUGACUCGCACGAUAGCCAAGACCUUGUUCUGCUGGACUAUCUUCCUGAUCCUAAGAUGGGCACUGUCGUACCACAGAGACUUCCGACUCCUGGAGCGCAUCAAAGGCUACAUACCCCCGUCUUUUUUACGCAGCCGAGGUCGCAGACGGAUACACACCCGGACACGCGAUCAAGCGACUCUGCCGGUAUUGCCCUCCUAGAUGCGUUGAACCUGGAUGGGUCACUCGUCUUCAAGCAGCUCGGUGCAAUCGAUGCCGACAAUGUCAUCCUGAUGCUCAAUUGGCCGGGGUACCCAGAUUAUGCCCGUAAGCAGAUGCUUUGGGAUCCAAAGAGCGGAAGAAAGACGGAUAGGCGUCUGCUUCAACAAGUUGCCUUCUUCAUAGCUUCGUUCUUGGAGAGCCCUCCCGCAAAGCCUGGGGGAAAUGAUACCGUCGACAUCGUUCAAUGGACCGUUGGUCCAGCUUGGAAGGAGCUCGUGACAAUUGUCGGCCUGAUACACGUCUCUUCGACGCCAAAUGUCUGGAUGCCGAUUAUCCGGACGGGCGGCGGUUUUUUCCGUAUAUAUUAG